CGACAUUCCGUCAGCACGCGUCCACUCAAUAGAACGCGUCCAACCACAGCACGCGCCCCUUUCCCCACCAUGGCACGCGCAACCCGCUCCACCACAAACCAGCAGGAAAAGGACAAGCUCCCGACUACCCGCCCAACAAAGCAGACAAACAAAAAGCGCAAACGCACCUCGCUCCCCACAGACGAGGAUCAGCCAGCCUCGAAGCAGCCCAAGAGCGAGAACGGCAUCAAGUCCGAACAAGCCCAGGACCCAGAGGAACCCACACCAGCACCGGAACCCGAGUCGGACCAGAAACCUGCUUUAUCAUCCAUCUCCUUUGCUGGCGAUGACCCGAUUGACCCCCUCGACGCCCAAAAGAUUCUCGACGUCCUCGAAUCCCUCGAUGACCAAGGGUUGCUCGACCGAGUCUUUCCCUUGCCGUCCUUCGAUCUUUCCGAACCAUCCACAUCCACAUCACAGGCAGGCACCUGCUCACUACGCACCCUGCUGCGCGAGUCCUCUCAGCAUCCCCUCAAAGUCUUGCACGCUGCCAUAUCGAGUCUCCUUCCCGAGUCCCACCAGCCUCGCUCUCAACCCUCGAAACAACUUCGCUUCUGCACGCUAGCCUUGUCCCUUCUCGACCAGGCCUCUUUCCGUGCGCUGCCCACCAACAUCGACAUUGAUGUCAUCCUCGGCGACGCCGUCCAGGAGAACGCCGAAGAGCCCGUCCAGGCGCUCGCCACCCGCACCCCCAUCCCGGGCCAGAAGCGCAAGUAUGCCCUCAUGCAGCGCCUUCCCACCGGGAACUGGUGGACCUCUCUCAGCUCCGACUUCGCUCCCGACACAGAGAACAUAAAAAAGAUACAAACGAUGAACGCCGAGCUAGUAGCCAUCCUUCCGACGGCUUCGAGCGAUAUCCUGAAGCCCGAGCCAGUAUCGGGUCUGCGUGCCUCGGACGCGAGUAUACCUACGACGCUGGGCACGUAUGUCCCCAAGAAGCCGCCAGGACUACGCUCAAAGCUCCCUGGUCCGAGAAUGCUCAGUCGGGGGUCAUUCUUGGAUUACGGCCCCUUUUCCAGCUUCGCACCGUCGUUCGACCAGGACGGUGUUGAGAUCGGCCAGACUGCGUACGGCGAAGUGCUCUGGGAUAGACUUACGUCGGAAACUAAGUUCAAGCAUCUGGAGUAUGUCCACGAAGACGUCCAGGAUAUGGCGGUGGACCAGGAGGUAUCGAGUGCAGAGACAUCAGACACCGUUAUCGAUCCUGCAUUGCUUGGGGAUGCUUCUCAGAAAGUGGAGGAGUUGGACGGCAUCCUGACACAAGACCAAAUUAAGUCACUAAAGGUGAUGCUGAACGAUUUGGACCUCGAACAGUCUGUGCAAGACCUACUGGACAAGAAUAGCAGAGCUUUGAGACGGCUAGAACAGCUUCAGGUGGAGCGCCUGAAGGAAGGGAACCCUCAGGUGCAGGAAGGGUCAGAAGAAUGGGAUAUAGCCCAGGGAAUCUUUGAAUCGCUCGUUGUUUUGACCUCCCUCCGACCGCGUGCUGUAACAACUGAGGAACCUCCCCUGAUACCACCCGCAUCCACGCUCCACAAGCUCCAACGUACCCUCCCCAGCAUGCCUGCCCAAGGAUGGUACGGCUCAUUACCAGCAGGACGCGCCAGCGCCCUGCGCGACGACUCGACACUCUACAUCAAGUCCGACGCCACAGUCGUCCAACCCACACCAAUCACCGUGCCAUCCCAGACCAGCGCUACCCCCACUCCAACGAGCGCGACACCAAGCUACGCCUAUUCAUACUCCAACUACGCGACGCCCUACCGGCAGCAGGCCGCGUACCCCUACAAGCCCGGCCAAAACGCAGCGGCGUACUACCCGAACCAGCAAUACGGCGCCGCAGCGCAGGGCCAGGGCGCAGCCGCCCAACCGUACUACGCCAACCAGCAGCAGUACAACCCGGCGCAGGGGCAGCACCAGCAGUACGGCUACUCUUCCUGGUACCAGUUCCAGCCGCAACCCGCACCUGGUGCUGUCGCAACGACGGCGGCGGCGGCGGCGGCGAAGGGCACAACCUCGGGGCGCGGUACACCACAACCCGGCACACCGCAACCAGGCGGCGCGCUGCCGACGAGUUAUGCCGGGUUCUUCAACGCGGCGGCGGCAGCACAAGCAGGCCAGCAGCAACAGCAACAACAACAACGCGCGGUCGCAAACACCGUCCUGAACACGACGGCAGGCGCCAAGGCGUAUCAGCCGUGGAGCGCGGGCGGGAACGCGCAGGGAUACGCGGCGCCGACGAUUCCUUCGCACCUGCGAAACUUCAGCACCGCACCGCAGACGCCUCAGACGCCGGGAGCCCCAUACGGCGGGUACACGAACGGGUUCCACCAGCCGUACCAGGUGGUGACGCCGCAGACGCAGAGCUCAUGA